AUGUUCACCUGGGAUUUCCUCUUUCCUCCGCGGUCGUUCCUGAAAUCCGAACCUCGGUCCGGCUCCGGGCUCCAGUUCCCUGCCUGCCGUGGCUUUCCCCGUCCUGCAUCUCCCGCUGGCUGGGGCGGAGGCCUACCCUCCUCACCUCCUCUUCAAGCCAGCUGGCCCUCAGGGCUACCGGGCGCCUCUGUUCGCUCUCUACUCGGUCCUCACUACACCGUUUGGUUUAACAACCAUCAGCACGCCAGAAGAGGUACUACGGUGCAGAGAGGUGGAGGAGACUUCGGCUGGGACGGGCGAGCCAUGGUGACGACCAACCUGCUGACCAGAGGAGGUAAAGACAUCGCGUUUUCAGACUACUCUCCUCUCUGGAAGUCUCACCGUCGCCUCGUCCACAACUCCUUCACUCUGUUCGGAGAGGGAACGAGCCGACUGCAGGACAUCGUUCUGUCCUCGGUGGACAGUCUGUGUGCCGAGCUCUUGUCCAGCGGGCGGCGUGGCUUCGACCCGUCUCCCGCGGUGACCAGAGCCGUCACCAACGUCGUGUGCACGCUGGUGUUCAGCGCCACCUAUCGGCACGGUGACGCAGAGCUGCAGGAAGUGAUCCAAUACAAUGACGGCAUUGUGCAGACGAUUGCCAGAGGAGGGCUGGUGGACAUUUACCCCUGGAUGAAGGUGUUUCCUAACAAGUGUCUCAGUAAACUGAAGGAGUGUAUCGUCGUCAGAGACCGACUGCUGUCACACAAACUGGAGGAGCACAAGGCCUCGCUGAGUGACGGUGACCCCCGUGACCUUCUGGAUGCCUUGCUCAAGGGGAAGGUGGACAGCGGGCGGGGCCCGAAGUCAUCUGUGUCGGAGGAUGAGAGGAUAACAGACGACCACGUCCUGAUGACGGCGGCAGAGGCGUUUGGAGCUGGAGUGGAGACGACGUCGACCACGCUGCUGUGGAUCCUGGCCUACCUGCUGCACCACCCGGAGGUCCAGGAGCGCGUGCAGAAGGAGCUGGACGAGCACGUGGGCAGCGAGAGACCGGUGUGUGUGUCGGACCGCAGCCGGCUGCCGUACCUGGACUGUGUGAUCAAUGAGGGCAUGAGGAUCCGACCGGUCAGCCCGGUGCUGAUCCCGCACACCGCCCUGACGGACAGCAGUAUCGGAGGUCACUCUGUCGGUCGUGGGACUCGUGUUUUGGUCAACAUGUGGUCGAUUCACCACGACCCCCGACUCUGGGACGCCCCCGACCUGUUCAACCCAGAUCGUUUCCUUGACGACCAGGGUCAGCGGGUCACGCCCUCCUGCUUCCUGCCGUUCGGGGCGGGUCCUCGGGUCUGCGUCGGUGAAUCUUUGGCCCGGUUGGAGCUCUUCCUCUUCCUGUCCUCUCUGCUCCAGAGGAUGAGCUUCAGGGUGCCGGACGGGGUUCCCACGCCCAACCUGCAGGGGCGGCUGGGCGUGGUCUUGCAGCCGUUACCUUAUAAGGUCGUUGUCACUCCGAGGGCGGGCUGGGAGGAGUCACCGGUAAGUCGUCGAUGUCUAUACUGGCUCUCAUCAGCUCCCAUAUCCUCAUCUUCAUCAUCAUCAUGGUCCUCCUCCUCCUGCUCCUCCUCUCCAUCCUCCCAGCUGGGAGGUCCUGGUUCAAAAACAUCCACACAGGGGGAGAAGAGAGUCUGCUUAGGAGGAGACUGAGUAGCACGAGGUGAGGGGGAGAGGGAGGAACCGUGGCCAGAGGAAGAUCCACCUUUGUUGGACUGAUGCAGAGCAGUGAGGGGGUCCAGGAGUAAAGCUGGUGCUGGGAGGGAGAUAGAAGACAGGGCUGGAGGGGAGGCGAGGGAACGAGGAGAAAGAAUGGAUGUGGUUGAGGAUGGGGAAACAGCUGCAG